AUGCCCUUUAACUCGCGGCGUCGUUCAGCAGACAUGGACUUCUCCGACGGCAAGAUUCCCUCUAUCGAGCAGCACCCCGACAUCGUCAUCAACGGAAACCAGCCUGGCCACCUCCAGCGCAACAAGACCGAGCGCCGCCGCCUCCAGGGUCUCCAGCGUACCAACUCCAAUGUCUCCGUCCCCGUCGGCCCCUACGUGCCCCGCACGGCGAUGGAGAAGUUCAACCACUGGAUGAUCAACGAGGGUGGCCGCCGUCUCUUCCUCUACGCCUUCUUCCUCCUCCACGCCCUCGUCAUCGCCUUCGGUUUCAUGCACUACCAGAUCAAGGACAACUCCGUCGGCGCGCGUGCUACGUUCGGCAUCACCUUCCCGGUGGCUCGUACCGCUGCGCUCGUGCUCCACGUCGACGUCGCCUUCAUCCUGCUUCCGAUUUGCCGCAACUUCAUCUCGGUCGUACGCAAGACCCCCCUCGGCUCGUUCAUCCCCUUCGACAAGAACAUCACCUUCCACAAGGCCGUCGCUUGGUCCAUCGUCACCUUCUCCAUCAUCCACAUCAUGGCUCACAUGGUUAACUUCCUGGAGCUUGUCAUGGUCGACCCCGACGCGAAGACGCUUGCCCAGAAGCUCUUCGCCUUCGUCGCAGCCAACUUUAUCACCGGCCCCGGAGCCACGGGCUGGAUCAUGACCGCCGCGCUCGGCAUCAUGGUCUGGUUCGCGAUCGAGAAGCGUCGCCGUGCCCACUUCGAGUGGUUCUGGUACUCGCACCACCUCUUCAUCGUCUUCUUCAUCAACUGGCAGCUCCACGGUAUGUUCUGCAUGAUCAAGCCCGACCGCCCGCCGUACUGCUCGUUCAACACCAUUGGUGUCUUCUGGCGCUACUGGCUCGUUGGCGGUGUGAUCUGGAUCUACGAGCGCAUCCUUCGUGAGGUUCGCUCGCGCCACCGCACCUACAUCUCCAAGGUCAUCCAGCACCCGUCGAACGUCCUCGAGGUUCAGAUCAAGAAGGAGAAGACGACCACCCAGGCCGGCCAGUACAUCUUCCUGUGCUGCCCCGAGAUCUCCUACUUCCAGUGGCACCCCUUCACUCUCACGAGCGCCCCCGAGGAGGACUACAUCUCGGUCCAUAUCCGUGUCGUUGGUGACUUCACCGCUGCUCUUGCGAAGGCCGUCGGCUCGGACAUCCGUCUGGGCAAGAGUGAGAAGGGCAAGGGCGGCGAUGUCGGAGGCCGUGUUGUCGGCACGGCUGGGAACGGGCCUGUGAACGACUUCCUCGACUACGAGACCGUCCUGCUCGUCGGUGCCGGUAUCGGUGUCACGCCGUUCGCGUCCAUCCUGAAGUCGAUCUGGUACCGGAUGAACAACUUCAACACCUCGAAGCCGACGCGCCUCUCGAAGGUGUACUUCACCUGGGUCAUCCGUGACUUCGGCUCCGCGGAGUGGUUCCACUCGCUCCUGCACGCGAUCGAGGAGCAGGACACGCAGAACCGGAUCGAGAUCAACAUCUACCUGACCGCGAGGAUCAAGGAGGAGGACAUGAACAACAUCAUCGUCCAGGACGUCGGCGCCGAGAAGGACGCCAUCACCUCCCUCCGCGCCCCGACCCACUUUGGUCGGCCGAACUGGGACCGCGUAUUCUCGUCCAUCGCCGAGAAGCACCCCGAGACUGAUGUCGGCGUCUUCUUCUGCGGUCCCUCCGUCCUCUCCCGCCAGCUCCACCUCAUGUCCAACAAGUACUCGUCGCCCAAGGGCACAAAGUUCUUCUUCGGCAAGGAGAACUUCUAA